UCUCAACGCUCAACAGCAGCAAGCAAUUGUGAAAGAGGUUGCCACCACCUUUCUCUUCACAACAAAGAGCUUCCAGCAAGAAUGGCAAUCCUCACCGCUGCUCACUUGGCCAGCUUCUUUGGCAUUCUAGGGAACAUUCUGUCAUUUUUGGUGUUCUUGGCCCCAGUGCCAACCUUCUACAAGAUCUACAAGAAGAAAUCGACAGAAGGGUUCCAAUCACUGCCAUACUCUGUAGCCCUGUUCAGCGCCUUGCUGCUUCUCUACUAUGGCUUUCUCAAGACCAAUGGGCUUAUGAUUAUCACCAUCAACGGCAUUGGCUGCGCCAUUGAAUCCUUUUAUCUCUUCCUCUUCAUGAUCUACGCUACAAAGGAGGCCAAGAUAUACACAACGAAGCUGCUUCUCUUGUUCAACGUAGGAGCAUUUGGUAUCAUGUUGCUUUCCACAUCCCUGAUCUUUAAAGGCCAUCGGCGACUUAGUAUUGUGGGGUGGAUUUGCGCUGUGUUUUCUGUCUGUGUUUUCGCCGCCCCUCUUAGCAUUAUGAGACGAGUGAUAAAAACGAAGAGCGUAGAGUACAUGCCAUUUCCGCUGUCAUUUUGCCUGACACUAUCUGCUAUCAUGUGGUUCUUCUAUGGAUUUUUGAUGAAGGACUUCUACAUAGCAACACCAAAUAUUCUAGGGUUUGUGUUUGGAAUAGCACAAAUGGUCCUGUACAUCAUCUACAAGGGCAGCAAAAAGGAAGCUGUGCCAGAAGCCAAGCUUCAGGAUUUAACGACCGUUAUAGACUUGCAAGUAGUGGAGAUGCAAGAGAACGUCAAGCCAGAAGGAAUGACUCCUUAGCUGUAGACGAAGUUAAAACUUAUAUAUUUACUACCUUCCAUGAUCUUCAUUUUGGAACCAAUGCUUCCAACAUGACAUGAAUGAAUUUUGAAGUAAUAUAAGUCUGAUGACCCUAAACUUUUGACUCGUAUUCUCCGAGAAAAGCCUUGUAAACUGAGCAAGGGAGAAAAGAAUGAGUAUACUUUUUGGAGGAAAUGACUAGGAAGGACCAAUGGCAAAUCAAGACGUUUCUUUACAAUGAUAU